UUAAGCUUAGCCGUAAAGCUUUAUGCUGCCAUACGGUGUUUUAGCGCUUGUCUGGAAGUAUGGUCUAUUUUUUUCUCAUUUUACCGAAUAUGGACGAGGUUCGAUUCUCGGCCAUGUCCUCGAUUUUUUUUUACAUUUACUAUCAUCACUUUUUAUGGCGUUAUCAUUUUUUAUUGUCGCCUUUACGCAGUAACUAUAUUGCAGCGCAUAGCCAGGAUUUGCCCACGGGGUGUGCCAUGUAUGUAGUCUUGACGUUAACAUGGCAACGCAUACCACAGGGUUACCCAUAAGAAAAAUUUUGAAUUGAUAUGGAAGCAUCCGUCGUUUGUUUUGCAACAGCGGACGCCAUCUUGAAAAAGCUUGACCAAUCAGCAUGCAGAAUUCUCAAAACCUUGAACAAAUGUUUUUGUAGCGUGACAAGUUGUAGCGCGGGGUGAAAAACGAGCAACAUAGAUGUACCGGACAUGAUUGGCGACAAGUUGGAGAUUUUGACUCUAGUAUUUACCCGCCCAUUGAAAAAAGUCUAGGUUUGGAAUGUUGUCGCCUGCUUGUAGUCUAAAAGCACCUACAGUCUUUGAAGAUUUUUUUAUCAAUUGUUGUCCAUAUGAUGCAGCAAAUUUUGCAUUCUUAAAAAAUACUUUUUGUGGAAAGGAUAUCACUUUAUUAAAGCAAAUAUGUUAUAAGCGUUUUCAAAUACCUGUUAAGCCCGGUUUCGACAGGAUUUAGCAAGCAUAAACCCUUUUUUCUAAGGGCAAAUGAUGAAAUAAUCGAAAAUGUAGCAAUCGUUAUAUGAAAUAUUACCUCUUUCUAUUUUCAUGUCGAUUGCUUUGGCCAUUCAAAAAGUGCUAAUGGUUCCUAUAUGCUAAAAUUUUACUACACAUCAUUACAGCACAAUACAAGGAGCAAGAACAAAGGCUUCUAAGUACAUUCACGCAAAACACAUGCUACCAUUACCAGACAUGAACAUGUUGCAUAGUUAGCUAAAGGGGCGCUCCGAAGCCUUCUUUAUGAUGUAAGAAACUCAAGGCUCUGGCUUUCAUCACAACUACGUUUUACCAGAAUGUUGCUUCUUCCUAUGUUUUACUUGAUGCUUGGGCUUCUAUCUGGUCUUAUUAUCAUGCUGUUGUUUUGUGAAUUUUCAUGCAGCCGAGAAUCGGUUGGAGCAGAAAGCGAGGAAGAUUUGGAUGUCAACAAGAAUAUUCAAAGCGAAGAACAAGAUACUGACGACAAUGGUUCGCAAAUGAAACCUAUGACACUUAUACGAGAAAGUAAACGGUCGCUUGUCAAACUUUUGAGUAGAAAAGAGUCAGCAACUGCUAUUUGAAGAUGGUUCGAGGUUGCUUCCGUGGUACCAUUCUACGAGUAUAGGUAGCCCUCAACUCGCCACUCGAACUUCGCGCGGUCACCUUCGGUAACUUCGACCUUGGUCAACUUUUCCUUGAACUCUGGUCUUGUUGCGUCUAUGAUGUUCAGAUGUAGACUGGUUCUACCGAGGUCCGGACUUGACACUUGUAGGGUCCCGUAUCUUUGGCCCAAAAGUUUCCUUGAGUUUAAAAGCCUCAGAAGAAACGACUUAUUUGUACGCCAAGAUCUCUUUGGAAAAACAAGUAGAAAAUCAACGAUACAUAAGAGGGUAGUCAAUCCAUUUUACAAAAGGCGAUGGUUAUGUUAGAUUUUCCAGGUGCAAAUGGAGAAGGGGAAGACAUAAGCAGUGGUUGUGCCGUUGCAUCUUGUUUACAGAAAAAAAUGGCAAAUCACUCUCCAGACAUAAACGAAUUUCGUAUUUUAUGUCACGAUCAAAAUAAAUAAACAAAGGUAUAAGUCUAUAGAAUCUUGCCGUAAACAGUCAUGCUUGUAUAACUUUUGAUAACAGCCUAUCAGCUUAACAAACAAUGGUUCACUUGUUUAACCAACACGCAGAAAUUUCGAUCCAGGCAGUUAACUGAGUUUUACUUCUAACUGCAAAAAGAUCAAAUCUGCCUUUUAAAAUAUAAUGUAUGUAUAUGCCAAAAAGCCGAAAUGAUUUAAACUUAUGCGCGAAAAAUGUAAGCUAUUAUGCCAUCUGAUCCUGAUAACGAAAAGCCGUCAGCCUUUAUAUUACCAUUACCCAGGAGAUAAAGCCAUAACUGGGCAAAUCCAGAUAUGCAAAUCACGGAGUAAUAGAAUAUGCUAUUGAUUCUGAAAAAAAAUGUGCCUAAAAUUAUAAAUCUUAUUACGCAAUUCAAGCUAGAUCAUGUCUGCCUUUUUAAUUCGUUAAUUAUCCCAACUGUUCUUGGGUUCCCAUGAGCAUUUUGGGCGCGUUGCUUACUUAGCCAUCGACCGCUAAAUUUCGUGUUUUCUUAUCAAAGAAUCGCAAAAUCUUAGACACUUUGCAUAUGAUAUCUCUUUGCGAUAUAUGCGCACACCACCCCCUAACCUGUUUAUUGUCUCUUCUAAUUGUGUACUGUCAAUCAUGUCACGCAAGCUGCAAAACUGUCGUCACACAACAAAUGCACACAUAAACACAUGGACCAUGAAAUCGAGAUGAACCACCAUGUCACAACAUAACGCUGCCAUCAGAAGAUGACAAUGAUACCGAGUUCGUAGAACACCGAGACACUCUUCUACCAACAAAAACUAGCAAGACCAGACGACACAGAGAGACAACAAGAUAAUCACGUUCAACGGUAGAUGUGCCAUGUGCUAGUCACGUGCUUUAGAAGACACAACGCGUGCUAGUUACGUGCUACGGAAGACACAACACAUGCUAGUCACGUGCUACAGAAGACAACACGUAAUAGUCACGUGCUACAUAAGACAUAAGACAUAACACGUGAUAUAGAAGACAACACGUGAUACGGGAGAUGUGCCACGUGCUACAGAAGACGCAACACGUGCUACGGAAGACGCAACACGUGCUACGGAGGAUGCGUCAAGUGCCAGUCGCAUGUUUUGGAAGAUGCGCCACGUGCUGUGGGAGAUUGGCUAAGAAGUUUGUGUGGCUAAUUGCCGCCUCAACUGUGUUCCUACUAUGUGUCCAGAUAAUCGUAUUCCUUUCUUUUUCACCUGAAGAUGAAGAUGUGCUGUACACCUUGAGACCAUUACACCUACCCAGAAGACGAAACAAACCGUCGGACACAUUUCUCGUCCAUUCGCGCUACACAGGCGACAUCCCGAGAUCUGACUUAAUCAAGUUUGUGGUAGUGUUAUCGCAAGGUCUUUCACAAAGUCAGCAAAGACUAGGGCUUCAUUUCUUUGAAAAGACGGAUUUAAAGAGUAUUCAGUAUCUGAAAAAGAUAUUGGAAACGACCCCUGGGCUAGACGGCGCGUCCUGUCUCUCGUACUCAUUACAAGAAUUGUUUUCUGAGAAACCGGACUCCUCGCAAAUGCAGGCAGGUGAGGGGGAGACAAAGCGGAGGCUCGAAAGUGCAGUUAGUAAAUCCUGGUGUCGAUUUAAAAGACGAGGCUGGAGUUUGAUUAUUCGCAAUACUGGACCAAUCGAGUCAAUAAGCGUGAGGAAUGUUCCUGGUAGUGAUCUGAUCGAGCAUGCAGUGGCAGCACAAAGGUGUAAUAUCGUCGAGGGGCCAUUUUUAAUGAAGAAAGAGAAGUUCUUGCAAUUGAAGGGAUGGCGCUCAAACUUUGGCAGAGCCGCAGUGUUAGACUUUUUCCUCCGAUCAAAAGGCAAACUUAACAUUGCCAAAGUAACCGGAUGCUUCAUGAGCGAACAGCUUUACAUCGCAGACCGUGGAAUGAACGAGGGACUUGGGGACUUCCCGGAUUAUGCCGAACUUGGUUUGGUCCAUGGAGUCCUUAGAAUUAUUCAGGAGAAUCGAGUGGAAUGGACUGUUUGCGCCGCGCAUGGCGAGCUAUGCAAGGAGCAGCCGUACACCCCGUCCCAGGACUUCCCGGUCGUUGCCAUGCCAAUAUGCUGUAGCUCCAUGCUAGCGAUCAUGCUUAGGGACAUUGUGAAGGGACUAAAUGCCAUAGGGCUUGAAUACAGGGUGGUAUUUGGUACCCUCCUUGGGGCGGUCCGGAGCGGGGCAAUCAUUCCCUGGACCCACGACCUUGACCUUGCCAUUCGCAAACGCGACUAUGACAACAAGACGAUCUUUGUGACUUUACAAAGACAUUUCAGAGGGAGAUACUAUAUCGGGUUUCACGCGCAUAUGAGACGAGCAAUCGCCUUAUACCCGCCUUACGCGACCUUUAACCGCUCAUUAUUUUAUGGCCCUGAGGACCUUGAGGGAGAGAAGUUUUUUAGUGCGAAUGUAAUGGGUGCAGUAAGGAAACUGAAGCUGGAUACGGACUGGCGAGCGAGAGGCUAUAUGGACUUUAAUCUUGGCCCCGAGGUAUGGUGGAAAAACGCGUCUAAGGUGACGAUCAACGGGCGCGAGUACGUGACGGUAAAGGACGCGGAAACCGAGCUAAGGGAUUGGUACGGGGAAAGCUGGCGUCAGCCGGUACAUCCGGGUAACACGUGGAGAGGACUAUCAGAUAAAGGCGCCGCAUGACUUGGUCACGUGGCUAGUCACAUGGGUAAUACGUGGAGGGGAUUAUCAGAUAAAGGCGCCGCAUGACUUGGUCACGUGGCUAGUCACAUGGGUAAUACGUGGAGGGGAUUAUCAGAUAAAAGCGCCGCAUGGCUUGGUCACGUGACUCGUCUCACAUGGGCAACACGUGGAGGGGACUAUCAGAUAAUGGCGCCGUAUGACUACGCCGACACCUGGAUAUUGAAAUGACCAGUUAACUACCCGUACUGCCCGCGUAGCAUGCUAAAGUAAUUAAUUGAUCAUAAAAUUAGAUGAAUGUAAACCAGAAAAUUAAAUUCCUGGCAGUCCUAGAGAGUAUUUGAAAAUAACUAUUUCUUGAUAACGUGGUUAUUUUUAUUGUCAUGAUUGACAUGACCAUGCUCCACCAUGCUCCUCAACGAGAGCACGUCAUAGUCGUAGCAGGCCUCGAAUUAUUGGAGGGGCACGAUAACAAAAAGAAAACAAUGGGGGCACAGUCACGCCCCUACUGGCCAAUUCCUUUUAAUUUUUCAAAACAAUCGGGGCACAGUCACGCCCCUACUGGCCAGUUCCUUUUAAUUUUUGAAAACAAUGGGGGCAAAGCCACGCCCCUACUGGCCAGUUCCUUUUAAUUUUUUGAAAAUAAUGGGGGGAGGGGCCACGUGCUCCCAGUGCUACGGCGAUGCAUGUACUGGUAUACUCGCUCUCACGUGACCAGUUAGAUAAAGCACGUGGAAAGUUCACACCAGCUCAUGGAUUUUGCCACGUGAUCCUUGCGCUCGUCAUAUGGCUGGCAUAUGAUUGGUAUAACUAGAAAGACUUACAGAUAAGCUGUAAAAAAAAUAAAUGGCCUGUGAAGGCGUGGUGUAGACAAGCUAGGAAUCAACAGCAACGCGAGCAAGAAACUGUCUUUUUGCUCCGACGAAGGGCUAACGCCCGAAACGUCAGCUCAACUACUCUGUUCCACAGGGGCGUUCAACAUACUUUUUUAAUGAUGUGUUGAUUUAUAGCUUGGCACUGCUUCCUUUCACAUGAUCACACGUCAUAACGCGGGCACAUGGUUGGCUGCGUCCUUCCACAUAGUCACGUGAUUGCUAACGCCCAUAGCUUCCAAGACCGGCUCUAUUCUUCCAUCAAACAAACCAAAGACACCACCUAUGAGAGCAGAAAUCCGAAUUGGAAUGAUGACAUACACACGUCAAGGGCAAUGCACAUUUGUCUGUUUAGCCUUUAGAUUGGUACAUUUUUGGAACAAUUCGAGUCAGUCUUCGUGAUUUCCUUAAAAAGCCCUAGACGGCCACACCUCUCUUUUUGUUUACGUUCAGUGUUAGGAAGACAAGAUACUAAAGAAUCCAAAUAAUCAUCUAAAAUUAACCAAUAAAGUAUAAAAUAAGCAUUACACUUUAUUUACUAAAUC